AUGGUCACCCUUGGACUUCCCUGGAAUGCUGACUCAACAAGUCGCAUUGUCCACCUGGCACAAGUUGUUUUGCAGUUCACUGCUGCUGUGAUUGCCAUCGCUCUCAAUGCCUCAGAUAUAGCAGCUGGCCCCACAAAUACAGGUGCUUCGGUCUACGCCAUCGCCAUCGGAUCUUUGUCCACCCUGACCGCGAUAUUGUUUGCCAUCGAUAUCCUCUUUCCGUUCCCUAGCCGGCUUUGGCUCCUAUGGGUCUUGUUUUGGCAAUGGGUUCUUACGUUUGCCUGGACAGGCGUGAUUGCGGCAUUUCGCGGGAGGUAUUUCGACAACCGAUCCACACAGAUUGAGGUUGCCGCUGGAUUCAACAUCGCCAACAUGCUGCUCUGGCUGACCGGCUCCGUCUUUGGCACCAUUACAAUGUGUUUCAGGAGGAAACUGGGUGGGAAAAAGCCGGAUGACCCGGGUUCUUCCCAUGAUCUCUCUGAGCGUCCCUGCUGA